AAACAACUCGGCUAAAUCCAAGACCAGCACAAGUUGUACAAGACGUGGCAGGGAGACACCAGUUCGCCUGACAUGGCGGAACCAGUCCGAACCAACUUCUUUCGCUGAUUGCCUCUCCCACUGUUCUUAUCUUGUGGAAGGACUAUUGCAGUGCCGCGGAUUCUGCAAUCUCGAUCACUUCGAGUUUUCUCAGCGACACCGUCUCCAAUCUUCCAGUUCAAGCUUGACAUUCCCGUCAAGCGUCAAGGCGCCUAACCAGUUGAUUACCCUCAUUAGGUAGUCCUUGAAGCAGUUACGACCACCAUGACCAGCCCAGACAAUGGAAAGCGGUCGUCUGAGAGCGAUGAUUCGGACCAGACGUCCACGAUUCUAGUACCUCCCAGUGCCGCCUUCACCGGAUACCGCCCCUUCCCGGCCGUAAUGAACCUCUACAGCAACUUCUCAGGAGUAGUCAACGCGUUAAAGACAUUCAAACUCUGUGGUGCCACCGAAGACGACUUUCUCUACCUCGUCGAAGCACACUACGGUUUCACUCCUCGCGGCCCCCUCCACUUCGGACCCGGCUACUACCUCCGCAACGGGACAGGCCUCAAGAGCCCCAUCCUCGCCGCCACGGGGGAUGAGUUCCCACUGCCCUUGGUUGUCCAACUAUUGAGACCCAAGACGGUAGUCAAGCUGCCCCCGCUGGACCAGGAGAAAAAUCCCCACGACAUGGUGACUGAGAUAGUGCGCUCCACCACCAGCAAGGAGCAUGGUGUAGCCUUUGGGUUUGAGAUCGAGGUCGGCGUGAAGAGGAUGAUAAGGGAGGCGUUUGAGUGGCGGAAGACGGGUAGGGCCAGCAGCAGCAGUAGCAACAACAACAAUAGUGGCGAAGUGGAGGAGCAUCAUGAUGCCAACGCGGGAACUCGGUACACGCUGUACCGUCUCGCACCUGGUCACGCGAGCCGUUCCCUUAAUGUAUCCGAGGCGAGACCGUCACGAUCGACAUCCUCUUCCUCCUCGUCACCGCCCGUGGACGAGACGAAGGUUCAGAUUGUGGCUGACCUGAUUUUUGGCAACGUAUUGAACUGGAAACACCCAUUCACCUUGGAACUGAAAGGGGCUGGUCUGACGGGGGAGCUGGGCGAUCGCUGGGCGUUGAUGGUGGUCAUGACUUCGUUGAGUCUCUUUUUCCUGCGCCAGGCAGGCAAGACGAACAAAACAACUGUUGCAGCUGCACAGAAACUGCAUUCAAAGUAAGGUAGGGUGGUUUUGGAGCUAAGUAAUGUACUUCAAGUUUGUCAUAUGACCUGUUCAUAGUACGUGUUUACAUCCAUCUCUUCCAUCAUCAUCACAAACAACAUUGAUGUUGCUUCACUGUUCCAACUCAAACCUGGAAUUUGUUCCCACACAUGCAGAACAUCACCGAGCCACCCCCAGCGACGUCUCUCUCAGCCAGAGUCCUGGAGCCUGGAAGCUGG